AUGGCAAAAAUACUUUACAAAGUGGAAAUUCACAAGAUCAACAAGCUAGAUUUAUUAUCGGACAUUGAACCAAGCCAGUUUGUGGAUAACAUUGAAGAUAGAAUUAAUGACUUUGUUAAAGAAACAAAAGAGAAAAGCCUUGAAAAAAUCAUUGAGGAAAUUGAAGCAGAGAGAGACAUUGAUCGGAAUACUUUAAAAGAUGUUAGAGACAUUGUGUUGUCUGUGUCCUCGUCACCAUCAGAUCCUGUUUCAACACACCUUUACGAUAAAAAGGAGAAAUUAGUGAAGCUGUGUAAAGCAGUAGAAGAUACCAAAGGAUGGAAACCAAGGUCGACUCAGAUGGUGAGCUGGUGCAUCAUGGUUCUUUCUGGUUCUAGCCAGUUAAUCCAGGUUGGCACAGGCGAAGGAAAGUCAUGCAUAGUGGCCAUGUUUGCUGCAUAUCGUGCCAUGAUGGGAGAGAGUGUGGACAUUAUCUCCAGUUCCCAGGUGCUUGCAGAGCGAGAUGCUAAGGAGUGGCUUUUAUUUUAUAAAAAACUGGGAAUCACUGUGGAUUACAAUGUAAAUAAAACAGAAGUUGAAGACCUGAGGAAGUGUUAUGCAUGUCAAGUUGUCUACGGCACAACUGAGAGUUUUGCAGGAGACUGGUUAAGACACAGGUUCCAAAGAGAAAAAGUGAGACCUGGAAGACAGUUUCAAUGUGUCAUAGUAGAUGAGGUGGACUCACUCAUGUUGGACAAAGGUCUAGAAGUUGUCUACUUAAACAGUGAGAUGCCUGUCAUGGAGCCUCUGAACUUAAUCUUAGCUAAGAUUUGGUUUGUUGUCAACCACGCUGAAGAUCUGGAUGUAGAGAAGACACUAGAUCUUAUUCGUUCCUCACUAAUGGCAGAGGAUUCAGACAUACUGCCAUCACAUAAAUAUCUAGAGAUCCCUGCAGAUACAUCAAAGUUGAAGCACAAUGAAUUCCACAUUCCAGGCUUUCUAGAACACAUAAAUGGGAGGCUAAAAAUAUGGAUUGAAAAUGCGUUUCUUGCCAAAACAAUGACUUUAGGGCAUGAAUACAUUCUGCACAAGGAUGGUGUAGUUCCUGUAGAUUACAGCUCUACAGGAGUCGUGCAAAAUGACAUGAAAUGGGGAGAUGGACUUCAGCAAUUCCUUGAAAUGAAGCACCAAACCAGACUGUCAAAUAUGUGCGUGAUAACAAAUUUCAAGUCCAAUGUAAAUUUAUUCAGGAGUUACAAACGGAUUUAUGGGCUCACAGGAACUUUGGGGAACCAAAUCGAACUUGAUUUGCUGCAGAAACUGUACCCUGGCAUUAAAACUUGCAAAAUCGCACCAUUCAAACGCAGGAAACUUUACGAGAAGGAUGGCAUUGUAAUUAAUGAUGAAAAUGAGUGGGUACAAACAAUUUGUAAGGUUGUUAAUAAGACAGUGAACCCCACAGUCUACCGAGGCCCAAGAGCAGUCUUGGUCAUCUGCGAAACUAUUAAACGAGCACAAAUAGUCUACAAUGCCCUCUCAAAAACCAUUUCAACAGACAAAUUGAAACUGUACACAAAUAACAAUAUGGACAAUUCUAAGGUUACAGGUAAACUGGUCACUGAAGGUUGUGUCAUUGUUGCAACCAAUCUGGCUGGUCGUGGGACAGACCUCAAAGUCUGUACUGAAGUAAAUCUUUCAGGGGGUUUGUUUGUAGUGCAGACUUUCUUGCCCCUUAAUAUCCGUGUGGAACAACAAGCCUUUGGUCGAACUGCACGAGAAGGAAACCCUGGUUCCGCCCAGCUCAUGAUGUGCUCCACUCACUUCUCUGAGUCAGUCAAACUGAUAAGGGCACUAAACUCACCUCUCUCCAUGUUACUUACCCUUCUGAGGCAACUAAAAGCCACUGUAGCUGUGUCAGGAUUCAUCAAGAAUAAGUUUGAAGAGACCCUCAAAAUUUGUCAGGAAGACCCCAAUGAAAAGAACUGUGAGGCAAUGGUGAAAGAACUCAGGGACUUGCUAAACAUCGAAAAGCCAAGUGGUUUAACUAACCUGGAGAUGGAAAAAGAGUCUAGAGAUUUAAUUGUGCAAACAAGACUAUCACAUUUUCUUAAAAAUGACAUACCAAAAAUCCUCAAAAAGGAGGAACUUUUUUCUGACUACCUUGACAUGCUGGACACCAUUUUCAAACAGUCUCGGGGUGGCGACUGUGAAGAUAUUGUGUCUUCACUUCAUGAGUGCUGGGGUAUGUGGCUUCUGAUGAAGUUCAAUGAGAAUGAAUCGACAGAAACAUUAAGAAAGCAGUUACAGAAAGACUUGCAAAGUGCAAAGAAAAAAUUGGAUUGUAAACAGUCCCCUUCCUCUAUGAUCUACCAUUAUGUAAGGACUGGCAACACACUACGUCACAAAGGAUCCCUUGCAGACAGCAUUGAGAUGUACACAAGAGCCAUUGAAAACAAUCCUUGUUGGCCUGCCAUUGCUUUGUACAAUCGUGCAUUGUCCAUUCUGUCUAGAGCAAAUAGUGGACAUAUUGCUCAGGCAUUGGCAGAUCUGAAGAAGGCUGAAGAGGCAGUAGACUCCUACAUGAGAAAGUUGACAUUGACUUUGAUUUUUGUGAAAAACUCCAGCAAAGCUCCCAACAUGACAUCUGACAUCUUGCUUACCAAGCAAUUUAAAGCCAAGCACCUGGCACAGGAUUUACUCAAAACAAAUAUCCAGAAAGCAAUAGAAGCGUUGCAUAUAGCUGAAAGUCGAGGUUAUGAUGUGCGAAUAACAAAAUACCCUGUGUUACUGCUGAUGCUGAACCCCGUUGUUUUAAGAGCAGAUGGAGUUAUCGAUGUGUGCCGAGAGAUAAUUAAUCUCCGCUCACUGGGACUGGACACCAUCUUCUUAGUAGAAACUGUGUUUUCUUUUUUUAAACGUCUGAGUAAAAUAUUCAGUUAA